GGCUGUCGUUUUGUUAGGGGCGGGGAGGUGGCGCGAGGCUUCGUUUACCCUCAACAAAAGCCAACGGCAAACGAAGAAGUAGGAGCUCCCUCCAACCAGUAGCCACCUUCUGUCCUCCCCCUCCCAUUUCAAGCCUUUGCUUCCCUUUCCACCUCCACAUCCCCUCCCAGCCAUCAAACUUCUGCCUUCCCUUCCUCCCCCCUCCCCCUCCCACCCACCGCCAUUCCCGUCGCCGGCGAUUCCCUUCCGCCAGUACCGAAGCGAUGACGCCGACCUAACUGCACGCAUAUAAGAUACCAUCAUCGGCGCCAGGUGAGCUUCUGAAUUGGAUGUCAAGCUGCGAUACCUCCGACGACAUGACCAAGUCCAAUGCGUCCGAUGAUUCCUUCAAGAACGAGAAGAAGAAGAAGGUUCGUGCCCGCCACCUCCAUGUUUCCCGAUUCCCCACUUCCUGCUUUCCUCUCUGACCCCUUUUCCUCCGUUUGCCAGUCCAUUUUGUCGAACAUCUUCAGCAGAAAAGGCAAGAACGAGAGACGAUCGGAGGAAGACAUAUUCCCCGGAACCGAGAUUGUUUUCGAUCUUGAGAAGACGUACGUGGCAAGGAGGACGUUCUUGGAGGCAUCCUCGGUCAGCUUUUCAGAGAGGCACUCGAGCUCGCGAAUCGAGAGUCUGAAUCUUUGUAGUUUGGAAAGCCUCAGAAGAAAAGCUUUUCGUCAUGUUCAGGAGUUCCGCAUGUUUGUUGCCACAUGGAACGUGGGGGGAAAGCCACCCAGCGAUGACCUCGACCUCGAAUCUUUUCUACAGGUAGAAGGAUCGCAUGACAUCUAUGUAUUAGGGUUUCAGGAAAUAGUUCCUUUAAAUGCAGGCAAUGUGUUAGUGAUCGAGGACAACGAGCCAGCGGCGAAAUGGCUUGCCCUCAUCAGCCAAGCCAUCAACAAGCACGGCAAGUGCUCGCCGGACGACUCCGAUUCCAGCAACGAUGGGAAACAUGGCAAGGACUCCAAGUCCACGAGCGGCCUUCUCUUCUUCCAAAGGCCCUCCCUCAAAGUCCUCAGCAGGAAUUAUCGCAUGGAUGGCGCCCUAGUGAAGACGUGCAAUUGCACCUCCGAGCCAUCCUGCGUCCGGCGAAGGACGAGACAGCUGAGGGAGUUCAUCACCAGGGACGAGUCGAGCUCCUCCGACGAGGAUUCCGCGACGCCGCAGUUCGCUUGCUCCGAGGCAAAGGGUAACAUGAACUACUGCCUCGUCGCGAGUAAGCAGAUGGUGGGCAUCUUCCUCUCGGUUUGGGUCAGGAGGGAGCUCGUGCAACACGUCAGCCACCUUAGGGUGGCCACCAUCGGAAGGGGAAUCAUGGGCUGUCUCGGUAACAAGGGAUGCAUUGCGAUGAGCAUGUCGCUGCACCGAACGAGUUUUUGCUUCGUCUGCAGCCACUUGGCGUCAGGCGAGAAGGAAGGCGACGAACUGAAGAGGAACUCUGACGUGGCCGAGAUCCUCAAGAGCGCGCAGUUCCCGAGGAUCUGCAAGUCUCCAUGUCGGCGGAUUCCUGAAAGAAUCUUAGACCACGAUCGAGUGAUAUGGUUUGGUGAUCUGAACUACCGGGUUGCACUAAGCUAUCAGGAGACAAGAUCUCUGCUCAGGAACAACGAUUGGAACUCUCUCCUGGAAAGGGAUCAGUUGAAGAUAGAAAGAGAAGCAGGAAGGGUGUUCAAUGGGUGGAAGGAAGGGAAGAUCUCAUUUGCUCCAACCUAUAAAUACUCACAGAACUCCGACAUCUACGCUGGUGAGACCGUCAAAUCCAAGAAGAAGCGAAGAACACCAGCUUGGUGCGAUCGGAUACUAUGGCAUGGAAAUGGGAUGGAACAGCUGCAGUACUUGAGAGGGGAGUCGAAGUUCUCGGACCACCGACCUGUUUGUGCCGUGUUUGCAGCGCAGGCAGAGAUGAACAACAGAUGCAGAACGGCAUGUCUUGGUGCGGACUCCAGAAUUCCUUCUGAUGAUUUGAUACCUCAAAGGCACAGUUUCUACUGAGGAGGAGACUUCAUUUAUGUUGUCGAGGGGUCAUACGAUGUCACAAACAUGCUUAUAGCUCUUGUUAAUACUAUGUUAAUAUAUAUGAAUAUAAUAAUAUAGAAGCAUUCUGGUAA